AUGGCCGGCGUCGGUGAAUCGACCGUUGUUUCCAAUGCCACCAACUUGGCGAAGUACAUGAAAUUGGAUCAGAAGGGCAAAGUCCUUGCUGAGUACAUCUGGAUUGAUGGCACAAAUGGUCUGCGUAAUAAAACAAAGACCUUGAGCAAGGCCCCCUCGAGCGUCGACGAUCUGCCGGAAUGGAACUUUGACGGUUCCUCCACUCUGCAAGCCCCGGGCGACAACUCCGAUGUCUACAUCCGUCCCGUUGCCAUGUUCCCAGAUCCAAUCCGUUUGGGCGAGAACGUUCUGGUCAUGUGCGAGACGUGGGAUCCCGAUGGAACCCCCAACAAGUUCAACUACAGACAUGAGGCGGCUCGUCUGAUGGAGGCUAACGCCAAACACGACAUCUGGUUUGGUCUGGAGCAGGAAUACACUCUUUUGGGACCCGAUGGCUGGCCAUAUGGCUGGCCCAAGGGAGGGUUCCCUGGUCCUCAAGGUCCUUAUUACUGCGGUGUCGGCACUGGACGUGUCUACUGCCGUGACAUCGUCGAGGCGCACCACAAGGCUUGCAUGUAUGCCGGUAUCGAAAUCUCUGGCACAAAUGCCGAGGUCAUGCCGGCGCAGUGGGAAUACCAAGUUGGCCCAUGUGAAGGCAUUGACUUGGGUGACCAUCUUUGGGUCUCCAGGUGGCUUCUCCACCGCGUUGCCGAAGAAUUCGGUGCCGUCGUCACCUUCCAGCCCAAACCCAUCCCUGGUGACUGGAACGGUGCAGGUCUGCACACCAACGUUUCAACGAAAGAAAUGCGUGAAGAGGGUGGUAUGAAACACAUUGAAGCAGCCAUGAAGAAGCUUGACGGCCGUCACAAAGAGCACAUGAAGGUCUAUGGUGAAGGCAACGAGGCCCGAAUGACGGGCGCCCAUGAGACCUCAAGCAUCGACAAGUUCACCUGGGGCAUCGCCAACCGUGGCUCCUCUGUGCGUAUCCCACGACAAUGUGCUAAAGAAGGCAAGGGUUACUUCGAGGACCGACGACCUGCCUCCAACGGAGACCCAUACCAAAUCACCGGCGUCAUGGUCGAGACUAUGUUCGGUUCCCUGCCGGAGGAACCAAAACCAGAAUAG